AUGUAUCCGGACUGGCAAAAACUGGAUGAUCUGCUUGAUGUUGAUGUGUCCUCCGCCGCUUCAGUAAUCGACAUAAAUACCGCUCUGCAAAAGGUGUUGAAGAAGUCUCUAAUCGCUGAUCGUUUGGUUCAUGGCAUGCAAAGCUUUGGACAAGCGCCAUCCGUUCUAUGCAUCCUCACCGAUUCAACGGAUGUCGACUUGUACUCGUACAAGAAACUUGUAACAGCACUCUGCCACAAACAUCAAAUUUCACUUGUCCGUGUGGAUUCACACAAGAAAUUGCGUGAAUGGUCUGUACUUUGCAAGAUAAAUGCCCAUCAGCAUCAGCAAACAUAUUUAGUUGCGGCAAAAGCAACAGCAGCAGCUGCUGCGAAAAACUGCAUUGAAAAUGUCGCAUGCGAUUUUACAGACACGAUUAUCGCCGCUUCAACAGCCGAAGCCACAACCGAAGCCGCAGCCGCAGCCGCAGCCGCAGCACUAAAACAGUAUGAGUGA